CCAAGCUUAAAAUCCCCAGGGCCUGGGUGACCACAGCUUUCUGCAGUUCCGACUCCCAGCUGACUGUGGGAGCUGGUCCCCUGCCCCUAUCCGGGGGGCCCUUGAACUUAGUCUGGCCAGUAAGCAGCCUGGACCCCUGGAUCCCUGGUUCUGGGAGCAUGAUGUCCUCGUACCUCAAGUCGCCCCCACCCCAUUACUCAGUCAAUGCACUGGCCCUGGCGGCACCUGCCUUGGAGAUUCUACAUGGCACAACUACCGCCGGCUACUCAGGGACGCCCAGGAAGCAGCGCCGAGAGCGGACCACAUUCACUCGCGCUCAACUCGACAUCCUGGAAGGUCUUUUUGCCAAGACUCGGUACCCUGAUAUCUUCAUGAGAGAGGAUGUAGCAGGCAAAAUCAAUCUACCAGAAUCUCGAGUCCAGGUGUGGUUUAAGAACCGCCGAGCAAAGUGUCGACAACAGCAGCAGCAGCAGCAACAGCCAGCAGGUGGAGGGACAUCCAAGGCCCGACCCGCCAAGAAGAAGGGCAUCUCCCCACCCCGAGGUGGAGCAGAGCCGGGGCCAGAACCACCAGGCCCCUACAGCCCAGCUCCAGCUCCCUCCACCACUCCUCCUUCAGCAUCAGUAUCCAUCUGGAGCCCUGCCCUCUCCCCUCUGCCAGACCCUUUGGCAGCAAUGGGGGCCGCAGGGGGUUCGUCUGUCUGCACCCAACGGGGUCCUGGGGCUUCUGUUGCUGCCCCCUCUUCCUAUGCGCUGACCUACGCCCCAGCCCCAGCAGCCUUCAGUGCCUCUUCCUCGCCCUAUGGGAGUUCUAGUUCAUUUUUUGGGGGUCUAGACUGCAGUCCCUACCUCUCACCCAUGGGGUCUCAGCUGGGCGGACCUGGUUCUUCCCUCAGCCCCCUUCCUGCCCCUGGCAUGGGGCCCCACUUGGGCCAGUCGCCAGCCUCCCUGUCAGGUCAGAGUUUUGGGGCUGGGGGCCUGGGCUUCAGCCCCGUGGACUGCUUGGAUUACAAAGACCCCAGCUGGAAACUCAAUUUUAGCACAACAGCUGAUUGCCUGGAUUACAAGGAUCAGGGCUCAUGGAAAUUCCAGGUGUUAUAGAUGAGGGAAGGGAGAAUUUAGGUCCUUCCCUUCUCCAGCUGAACCUGCUAAGAUUCCUUCUGAUUGGUGGAAAGAACUUUUCAAUUUGGAUUCAGGAUCCUGGUUGCCCAUGGAUCACCUUUGUAACCUUAAACGAUCCUCUUCUCCUUCCUUCAUCUGUUUCCCCUUCUACGAAAUUUUUUUUGGGGGGUGCAGCUAGUUGGUCCCCAAGGUCAUUACUAGCAAGCUUACAAUGGAAGGAAAAGGUUAUUUUGGUUUGGCCUGGAAAUAAGGAUCUUGAUUUUGGAUCUUGGAUACCCUAACAUGCUAUGAUUUAGAAGAAAUGAAAAUUCUCAAAGGUCAUGGGCUCUACCCCCAAUAGAACUUAGAUGAUCAACUUUCUUGCCCUUCCCCUACCCAAGUAGGAAAUUUUGGGCAAGUGACCUCUCCUUGGUGCUGAAGUGGAAGGGGCGCCAGCACCCUUUUUGAAUCUGGACUAUACCAUUUACAGCAUGUAGGACCUUGGCCCAAGUUAGUUCCUGGUAUCUCAAAGACUCUGGUUUCCUCAAAUCUAAAAUGAAGGGGAUUGGA